CAUAAACCAUACCACCAUAUAAUAUACAAAUAAUUGGUCUGCCACUAUAUAUAUAUAUAUAUAUAGGUUAUCAUAUUGAUCCACAAAGAUAAGAUCAUGGAAUAUGACAAAGAGCCAAACACCAAAGAUAUUGGAUUCUGCCUUCUUCCUUCUGAUCUCUUGCAAAACAUACUCCUUCAUCUAUGUAUACCCGAAGUCAUUCGCAUGAAACAGGUCAAUAGAUAUGUAUUGAACACGAUAUUAGACCGACACUUCAAUCGUCUCUUCAAUCUAAGAUCACAGAGGGAUUCAUGGCUUUUUGUUUACGCCAAACGCUGGCGUCACGACGGUGCCCUUCACGGGCUUUCCGACAGGUCAUCACGCUGGUUCAAGAUUCCGGUGACGGAACUAUUGUCGGAGGUGAAUUUUCCCGGCGAAGACUUGUACUUGUUGACGGCUAACGGUCCACGUGGCACUUCGUCUUGGAGGCGGUCCGGUAUGAAGCUUAUAUCCGGUCCACCUGGGUCCGGUCAAUUCCGGUUUUUGUUCGCGGAGAUUGUUGAUAACCGGUCCGACCUCUAUGCGUAUGAUUCAAGAACCAACAUGUGGGAAUCUAAGAAAGGAGUACAUAACAACGUUGAUCAAGAUUGGAUCUUUCGCGAGAAAGAUCAAAUCUUUCUUAACAUAUCGAAUCGACCUCACGAGAACGUUUUGAUGAGUGUGGAAGAUGGGAUGAAUGCACAAUCUCAUUGCCCGGUGAUUCUACAGCCAAGGUUUAACCGAAACCCAGCCGUCCGGUUUAGCCAAACCGAUCCAGUGAAUCAACCGGUAUGCAUAUACGGUGAUGGGUGCAAAAUAAUAAUCGAAUUCGAAAUAAUCGAAGCAAGGACGAGAAGAACAAAGAGCAUGGAAGUGUGGAGUAUAAGCGCAAACGGUGAGAAAUGGGAGAUAGUAUCAAGAGCGCCAGAUGAGAUAAUCAAGAAGAUAAACAAGCCUUGCAGUGUAACGAUGGGGUGUUUAGAGAGGAGAUUAAGUGCAAUUAGGGUCGUAUUAAUAAUGUCUAAUCUCGAGGGCUUGUGGGAUAUAAUUAGGUUAAGCUAUGACAAGGAGAGGGACGAGUGGGAGUGGGUCCCGCUUCCCGAUUGUAGAUUCUUGCAAGGUUCAAACAUGGGUGGGUUUUGUUUGUCCUCUGGCCUCACUUUGUCUUGAAAUCAAUUAUUUAUGUAUAUGAUUUGUAAACAAAUGAAUUGUAAUACUAAUUGUAUCAAAUUA